UCCAUUUUGGUUUCAUCGAAACAACCACUGAAUCAACCUUUUCUUAGAAAUUGCGAAAUAAAUCACACGGGAGGUAACUCUUUAUUAGAAUUGAACACAAAAGCAGAACUCGGUCUAAAAUGCCACAAAUUUCUACCCAAAAGAAGAAACAGCAGACACACGUCAUGUAGGCUAGAGAAACGAUGUUUGAACAGCUCUGGGGAGACUAUUUGGUGAUGUGUCAUGUUUCCAGGGUUAGAAUGUACCCAAGAACACGGUGACAAGCAUUUCGUCUACAGGGAAUGAAGCUAUUGUGUUUAAUGGCAGCCCUGUUGGUUGUCACCAAUGCUGACUGUGACACUGGAAUGGUGCAGUGCCUGGAUGCUUACACUCACUCUACUGGUGACCUACGAAGUGCCCAAAGACUUUACGACUGUCUAGCCAUACUGACAUGUGACCCAGGGUCUGCCAAGGACAAGGAACGUCUGCAUGGCCUACAGCUGGCUGCUGAGGAGAUAGAACACCUUACACCGGCUGAAGGUGAAAGUUCAACAUCUAGAGCGUCCUUCUCGUUCAUGUUGAUUGUGUCCCUUACAUUUGUGGCUGUCCUAAGGAUCUGGCUCAGAGCUUGAUAAAAACUACGACCAAUGAUGUCACUGAAGACAAUAUCUUAUCAUUGGUGUACAGGUUUUGUUUAUCUGUAUACAUGCCUGAUAUUUGCUUUACUAUGACAUAACAUUUAUAUGAUUUAAUAUUGAUACUUUCUUUAACUCUAAUGCUGGAUAAACACAUUAUAAUAUUGUCUAAACAUUGUCAUUGAAUAAAAUGGAUGACCUUUUUUA